AUGCCUCACAUUACUUUGUCCAAGCGCGAGAGUUUGCUGUGUUCUCUGCUCGAUGCUGCAUGCCGCUGGAUCAGCGAACAGGAUCCAGAAACCGAGGUGGAUGGCCGCAUGCAGCGAUUUUCUGCAUUGUGCCGGCAAGGACUUGUACAAGACGGCUCACUGGCAUGUGAAGCUCGCAUUGCGGGCGGAUGGGUGCGCGAUAAGCUUUUACAGGAUGACUCGCACGAUUUGGACGUGUCGCUGUCGACGCUCACAGGCCACACAUUUGCCCUUUUUCUGCGCGACUAUCUCGCCUCUGCACACUUCCAUGCAUCAGCACUGGCACGUAAUCUGCAGCCUGCUGAUGGGGAGGGUAGUGUGAUUAGCCACAUCGGCAAGAUCGAGGCGAAUCCCGAGCAGAGCAAGAAUUUGGAGACAGCUACCGCCCGUGUGUGGGGGAUGGAAUUGGACUUUGUGAACCUGCGCAAGGAAGAAUACGAGGGAGAGAGCCGGAUUCCCGUAAUGUCGUUCGGUACACCUAUGGAGGAUGCGCUGCGCCGCGAUAUUACUGUAAAUGCGCUCUUUUACAACGUACACUCGGGCCAGAUUGAGGACUGGACUGCAUGGGGAAUCAAGGAUUUGGAGGCUGGGAUUGUGCGCACACCGCUGGACCCGAUAGUGACAUUUACCGAUGAUCCACUCCGGAUUCUACGCUGCGUCCGCUUCGCGAGCCGUUUUGGGUACACGGUGCACCCAGACAUUUUUGCUUGCCUUCGUGGGGAAGCGCACGGGAAUAUGAGCGCAGAAGAGGCCGCACAUGUUUGUAAUGUGCUACACGAGGGCCUAUUGCGCAAGGUGAGUCGCGAGCGGUUUGGUAUUGAGAUCGACAAGAUGCUCUCCGGCCCAAAUCCUGUGUAUGCACUGCAGCUGCUGUCUACAUUGGGGCUCUACCGACUUGUAUUUAUCCCGCCACCGCCAUUGGACGAGAAGAUCGCAUUGGAGGGUGCCAAUGUAGUUGAAGAGCAGGCUGCGCUAGCGACGGCCCAGCUGUUUGCAGAUCUACUGCAUGGAUGUGCGCCGUUCACGUUGCCAGACGCGUGGCUCGAUUCUCUUCGGGUCGGUUCUGAUGCACAUGCACAACAGCGACUACUCUGGUACGCAAUUGCAUUGCUUCCUUUGCGCAACAUGACUGUGCCUGUAAAAAAGCAGCGUGUUUGGGCCGGCGCUGUGACGAUUAGCAAUGGGCUCAAGUUGGGGACAAGAAAUACCAAAGACCCUGUGUCGAGCCUAAAUGCGGCCGCAUCCUUAUUGCUGGAUCCACGCUUGGGCCGUUUCGACACGCAGGAUGCACUGCUUACCCAGAAAUCUAAUAUUGGUCUACUUGUGCGCAACAUUGUAAACCCCGAAUCACGCAUCUCGCUACAAGGCGCACUUUUAUUUUCUAUGCUUGUCGCUUUGCUUCCGUGCUGGACAGCGGGCACCUCGGAUCCUGCGUGUGCAACGCCCAUUGUGCACACAUACACUGCAUUCUGGGAACAUGUCCAACAAGAGGACCUUUUGGCGCUCGCGCUGCAGCGCCCGCUGCUCGAUGGACACCAAAUUGUGGACGCAUUGCACUGUGAAAAACUGUUCUUGCGCCAUAUUCAGCCCUAUGUACUAGCAUGGCAGAUAGAACAUGCUACAAAGGUACCGGGCGAGGACAGUGAAGCGCAGUGUAUAGCAUGGCUUAAGAGCGCUUGGGAAAAUGGUGGAAUAAUUCCACCCGAAGAGCGGACAGUGCCACGGACUGGGAAACGUCAGAAACAGGAAAAGGUAUAG